GCCGCGCGCGGGGCUCGGGGCAGCGCGGGGCGGCGGCGCGAGCCAUGGCGGACCCUGAGGCGGGGCUGGGGGGCAAGGCCCGGCGGGCGGCAGGUGAUGUUGAUUCUGACCUUGGUUUCUGUGGAUGGAUCCUGGUGAUGGCUUCAUUUUUUUUCACUCUUGUUACAUUUCCUAUCUCAAUCUGGAUGUCCAUAAAGAUUGUGAAGGAGUACGAGCGAGCCGUCAUAUUCAGGCUGGGACGCAUAGUGAAGGGGGGAGCAAAGGGACCAGGCUUGUUUUUUGUCCUGCCCUGCACAGACAGCUUCAUCAAAGUUGAUAUGAGAACCAUCUCCUUUGAUAUUCCUCCUCAAGAGAUCUUGACCAAGGACUCUGUGACAAUUAAUGUGGAUGGAGUGGUUUAUUACAGAGUCCAAAAUGCCACCCUUGCUGUAGCAAAUAUCACCAAUGCUGACUCAGCCACACGUCUCUUAGCACAGACCACUCUGAGGAACGUUCUGGGGACCAAAAACCUUUCUCAGAUUCUCUCUGAUCGUGAAGAAAUUGCACACAGUAUGCAGGCCACGCUUGAUGGUGCAACAGAUGAUUGGGGCAUUAAGGUGGAACGUGUGGAGAUCAAGGAUGUGAAAUUACCUGUCCAGCUGCAGAGAGCAAUGGCUGCAGAAGCAGAAGCUGCCCGGGAGGCGAGAGCCAAGGUAAUUGCAGCUGAGGGUGAAAUGAAUGCUUCCAGGGCCCUGAAAGAGGCAGCUAUGGUUAUUGCAGAGUCCCCUGCUGCUCUUCAGCUUCGCUAUUUGCAGACCUUGACCACCAUUGCUGCAGAAAAGAAUUCCACCAUUGUCUUCCCACUGCCUGUAAAUAUGCUGCAGGGAAUCAUAGCUGCAAAUCACUAGGUGGAGUGGGAGGAGAGAGGCUGGGGUGGGUUUUAUAGUCAGGCAAAUGCUUGCAACACUGAGCUCCUUGUGUAUUGUAGCUUAUGGCAGUGUAAACACAGCAGGUUUGCUGAGGAACCUCAUACUAAAUGCGUUAUAAAACUUACAUGUAGUGUUUGUGAAAACAGACAGUCAAAAUCCUUGAAAUUGAAAACUUCUAAAAAUUAGUACAAGCAGACUGUGAUCUUAAAUAAGCAUGUAUCCAUAGUGUCCUGGAUGGGAUGCCUUUAACUUCUAACCUCCCAUUUUCAAAUAGUAUCUAAAACUAUCUGUAGUGAAGAUGAGAUGAUCCAACAUAUUUGGAAAGAGAACUAUUCCUUGUAAUAACUGGGUCUGUAGCCCUACAAGAAAAGCAGAACAGCCCUAACUGUAUUCUCUAUGUGAUGAAGUCAUACGAUGGUUGUCAUCUGGAUUGGUUUCCUGGUUUACACAAGGAAAAGUAAUGGAAGUUGAUACAGGAGUGAGAAUACUAUACUGGGUACUUCUGAAAAUCAGGCUCAAUACUCCCUAAAAUAGUCCCCCCAUUCAUAAGAAACAGUUGUUAGCCAAUGUUAUUGAAGUGGAACUUUUCAUCUCUGUUCUGCCACCCAGAAAUGGCAUAAAAAUGCUGUAGUUAUGGAUACAAAAUGCUGCAGUCACUGCUGGGCUGUCCUGUUGUUAUGGUGGUGUGCUGUACAGGUCUGUGCUUCUUUAGAGUACUGCAAAGUUGUUAGGUCUGCCUUUAUCUGUCUUUUAAACAUUAUUUUAAAAAGCCUGAGUACUAACUCAGGCAUUUUAUCCAGGUCUAAAACCUGCUUCUCUAGGAAGUAACAUCUCUGUAAUUAGCAGGGGGGGUGCUAGUUAGCAAAAUGCUGUACUGUUUAUAAUCUAACAAAUUAGGGAUUUACCUGGUGAUGCAGCUUCUGAGCAGACCCACAGUAUUUGCUGUGACAUUAAGGCCUUAUAUUUAAUACCAAAAGCAUUUAAUCUUCAGUUUGUGUGGUCUUGAGCUGUAAGUCUGUGAAACUGUAUUCUUAUUUUGUACCUGUUUAGUAGAUACAAUUACAGAUUAAAAUGAGAGGAUUAGAGUCAGCAUGGGGGGGAGGCUCUUUAGGCUACCACCACCAGAGUUUGGUGUCUGGUCUUUAAUCUUUGGGAGGUGGCAAUGAAAAUGAAAAGGCAAGCUGACUGACGUGUCCUUCUCACAUUGGCCAGCACAAGGUUCCUGUCUUGCAUUCUGUCACCUUUCUGCUACAAUCAGUUCUGCGUUCACAGGUAUUUAAGGGCAAGGUCUGUUCACUGUGCCUUACUGCUCUGUGCCUUUGGCCUUGGUAGGAAGUGGUGCCCAAGCACUGUGGGGGCCUUAGCAAACUGGCACUGUUUCUUCUCUGCCAGUUUGCUGUCCACUUUUUUUCCUUCCUCUGCAUCCCAGCAGCAGUGUGAUGGCUGCACAGAUUAAUUUGUCAGUGCUGCAAUUAAUGUAAGCUGAGCUUGACUUUUGCUGGGAGAAGGGAGAGACAAAGCUGUAAUACUUAGCAUUACUGUGUCAUGCACUUGGAAGUGGGAAACGGAGAAACUGCACAGCUUGAGGUGACUCCUUGGGGAAAAGGAGUGAAUCUCUUAACUCCUCUUGUUGCUGCUGUUGCUGGCCACCCCUGGGAAUUCUUGUUGACACCAGGAGUGUGUUUUUUGCUCUCAUUCUGAAUAAAAAAAAUCCUGUUUACUAA